AUGGAGGAGAUCCGAGAGGAAAGGAGAGUGCCGGUGAAGAGAGGAGCCCGCGCCAUCCUCGCAAAACGCCAUUGCCGCCGCACCAUCGAGAGUCGCGAGGAGAGGAAGGCGUCGCCGUUCCGUGUGGUCGCGCCAACAUUGCCAUCAGGGUCUUCUUCGCCGCCGUCCUUGCUUGUCGUUUCCCUUGGAGUCAUUGCCAUCGAUCCUUGCCCCUGUCGCCGCCGCAAGUCGCUAACAAGGAUCGGAGCUGAGGGAGAGGACAGUCCGCCGCCGUUGCGCCAGUCGCCGCCGUGUGCUAUCACUGCUGCGUGUGCCACCGCCGCCACCUCUGGUCUGUCACCGUUGAGCAGAUCCGCGAAGAGAGAGAGAGAACCUGGGAAGAGGCUGCUGCCGGAGGAGAAACCAAUCUUGCCGCCGUGCCUGGCCGCCGGAAAAACCUCGCCGCCGUCGCCGGAAAAUUCUGCCGGUAAGGAUUUAAGUUGGUCUUCGUUUCCUUUGGAUUUCCGGAAGCUUCAUUGUCGUUGUAUGAUUGGUUUCAGUUACCGUCGCCGGAGAUCUGGUCGCCGCCGCCACUCGAGGUGGUUGCCGGGGCUGCCGGCAAACCAGGUCAGCUAUCACCGCUAUUUCGUUUUCUUAGUUUGGUUGGGUCCUGAUGAUUGCGUGUCGCAUAAGUGUUGCUGUGACUGCUGUGCCGUUCCUUUUCUUUCUGAAUUAGUAUCCAAGCUUAUAUACGUGGCGUUGAGGCUGUUUCUGCUAUUGAGAAAAAUAAGCGGAGCUGGAAUAUUGGUUGUUGGUUUCGGGCCGAGACGAAAGGCUUUCCUGUGACGCGUUUGGUUCAUGUAUUCGACGAGCCAAGGUUAUUCCUUUUCAGGAUAUAGAAGACGAAGCUUCAGGAGAGUUAUGUUUAUUUUUUGUUUGUUUGGUCUUUUUGUAUCACCG